AUGCCCGUCCCGGCAAGGGGUGUUGAGUACCAGCCCUGGCGGUGGUGCAUGCUGAACCCCAUCAGCCCUGGGGAUGUCAGGGCCGGCGGCCGGAUCACGGACAACGUCAGGUACGUGUGCUCCUGCGCCGACUGCAUGGCGCUGGGCUACGGCUGCAGCUGCGGCGCACUAGAUGCGUGCGGGAACGCAUCGUACGCGUUCAACGCCUACUACCAGGUGCAUGGGCAGGUGGAGUCGGCGUGCGACUUCCAAGGGAUCGCUGUCAUCGUCCACGUGGACGCGUCGCAGGGCGUGUGCAACUUCAGCGUGCAGCUCGUCGGAGCAAUAGAGCUGCCGAUCAAGUCAACGACUCUCAGUUUCUCCUUCGGUCAUGAGAAAUGGGCUUCCCCGUUCUCUCCGGCUUCUAGUGUUCCCAGGUCACCAAGCGGCUGUUUCAGAGAGGGUACAGUUGAGGAUGGGACCAAUGGUGAUACCGCUGAUGAUCACUAUCAUCGUUACAUGGAAGACAUUGACUUGAUUCAUUCCUUGGGUGUCAACUCAUAUCGAUUUUCCAUUGCAUGGGCAAGGAUUCUACCGAAAGGCCGCUUCGGGCAUGUUAAUCCAGAUGGUGUAGCAUUCUACAAUGCUCUUAUUGAUGCUCUUCUACAAAGAGGCAUAGAACCAUUUGUGACGAUAUCUCAUUAUGACAUUCCAUAUGAACUAGAGAAGCGAUAUGGUGGCUGGUUGAGCCCCGAAAUUCGGAGAGACUUUGGUUACCUAGCAGAUGUAUGCUUCAGGAUGUUUGGUGACCUAGUAAAAUUUUGGAUAUCAUUUAAUGAGCCAAAUAUAUUCGCAAAGCUCAGCUAUAUCUAUGGACGGUACCCUCGUGGUCACUGCUCUAGGCCAUUUGGGAACUGUACUUCUGGAAAUUCUUCAACUGAGCCAUACAUUGCGGGUCACAACAUGGGGAAACAAGGUGGUCAUAUUGGAAUUACAGUUCUCUCAAGAUGGUAUGAACCAUUCCGGAAUAUCCCAACAGACAUCUUAGCAGUUGAUCGGGGUCUAUCUUUUGGCGCUCCAUGGUUUCUGGACCCCAUAAUUCUUGGUGAUUACCCCUCUGCGAUGCAUAAGAUCUUGGGUCCAAACCUACCUGAAUUCACAUCAAAACAAAAGAAGAUACUACAAGCAUCCAAGUUGGAUUUCAUUGGUUUAAAUCAUUAUUCAACGUCCUAUUUGAAGGACUGCAUCUCCUCGUCACCAUGUGAAUUGGAUCCAUUUGAUGGGGAUGCCCGAAUUAGUACUUCAACAGAAAGAGAUGGAAUACUUAUUGGUGAAAGGACAGGGUUGCCAUACUUGAAUACCGUUCCAUAUGGGAUGGAAAAAAUGGUCAUGUAUUACAAAAGGAGAUACAAUAACACACCAAUGUAUAUCACUGAAAAUGGUUAUGCCCAAGCAAGCAAUAGCAACAUGUCUGCCAAGGAUUUUACUAAUGAUACAGGAAGAGUCGAUUAUCUUCAAGGCUACCUCACCUUUUUGGCUUCAGCGAUAAGGAAAGGGGCCGAUGUGCGUGGCUACUUCGUGUGGUCUCUUCUCGACAACUUCGAGUGGAACUCUGGGUACACACAAAGAUUCAGGCUCUACCAUGUCGACUACAAGACACAAAAACGAACCCCAAAACUGUCUGCGAAAUGGUAUAGUGAGUUCCUCAAGGGGUCACCCCUGAGAAUAUGGUCCCAAAAUGGAAAUUCCUACAAGUACAGUGCCUAA